UAGUCAGUCUAGAACAGUGAAUUGUACAGUGACUACAUCGUCCUUGAAAAUAUCAUCUCUCAUGCUUCUCUCGUAUAUAAUUGUAGUUCCAAGUGUAUAGUUUGUGCUUGUUAAUUAAUAAUAUUGGUGAAAAUGGUGAUUUACACAAUUUGUCAAAAGAGUGAUAGUGAAGGAAGUAUUUCAAGUAUCGACUUGACAAGUGUUGACAUUUCCGGAAUUGAAAUCAGUAACCAAAAAGCGCCCAUCGUUUGCAGAUGGUUACAAUGCGGACAAUGGUUUCCGCACCUGGAGAUGCUGGUGACCCACGUGACUCACGUCCACGCCGUGUCGGGUCGCAACGGUCUCUUCUUCUGUGGCUGGGAGGGCUGCUCCAGAGGUGACAGGGGGUUCAAUGCCAGGUAUAAAAUGCUGGUCCAUGUGCGAACGCAUACCAAUGAAAAACCUCAUCACUGCUUCCAAUGCGAUAAAAGCUUCAGUCGUGCGGAAAAUUUGAAAAUUCACGCAAGAUCUCAUACCGGUGAAAGACCAUACGUUUGCCCAGUAGCGGGUUGUGGCAAGGCUUACUCGAACUCUAGCGAUCGAUUCAAGCACACUCGAACACACUCGGUCGACAAGCCCUACUUCUGCAAGGUGCCCGGUUGUCCGAAACGAUACACGGAUCCCAGUUCGCUCAGGAAGCACGUCAAAACAUAUCGACACUUUGCGGUCAAUCAGAAGUCGCCGCAGAGUAAUGAAACUGUAGAAAACGUGCCAAAACGCAUCGAACCAGAAGAAAUGGUGCCACCAAGACUGACAACCCCGCACAGAACUUCAGCCUCUACCAUUUCGUCCAUGUCCAUCUCACCGCCACCCUUUUUCGACAGGAAAUCACCCCAACUCGCUCUCAACAUGAGCGACUAUCUGGCAGCCACCCCUGCCUCACCCCCCUUCCCGGCCUGGCCCGGACUGAUGCCCCCCUGGUACGAGGGGGGAACCUGGCACCUCUUGCACCCCCCGGCCAACUAUCACGGCAACACAUACACCCGAUCGCCGCACCAUCUGUUGUUCGAUUUUCAAAACGUGCAGGUCGCAUCGCAGAACCAGACUCCGCUCACAGAGGACGAACAGGAUCGACCUCUCGACCUGACUGUACAGGCCAAAUAAGGUGCAGUUGACCUGACUGUACAGGCCAAAUAACGUGCAGUUGACCUGACUGUACAGGCCAAAUAAGGUGCAGUUGACCUGACUGUACAGACGAAAUGAGGCUUCAAUCGACCCCAUUUGAAAUGACUGUAUAGGUAAAAUAAGGUAUUACAAACGACCGAAAUAUAGAGGUAAAAAAGGCUACAAUUAAAACCACUGAGCUUAUACUAACAGGAGGUAACACCAUAUAUAAGGUAGCUUAAGAAGAUAUCGCAUGGUAUAGUUAGUUUAUGUUCCAAAUUUUAAGCCGAUUUUUUUAACUCAAGCAGAUUACUGUCGACACUGUCUAUUAUCACUGUUUUGUUAGGGUGAGUGGAAGAACGGUACACAGCUUAAAAAAAAAUACUAGGACUAUUGGCUUGAGUGAACAUUGAAAAUUGGAACAUAAACGCCCUAUACCAUUAGAUAUCUUCUUAUGCUAUAUUUUCUCUGUGAUUCUAUAUAUUUUCUCUAUAACAUUGAUUGAGGCAGCAUUGAGUGUAGCUAUCAAGGCCCUGUUUCUAGGACACAUAUCAAAUUUGAUUUAUCAUUAAAUCUUUCAAGUUUAAUGGUUCAUUAGAUUCAAUAAUUGUUGUAGAAACCGUGCCGUAUUGUUUUAAUGGUUUUUCAUAAUGUAUACACUAAAUGCUCAUAUUCAAUUCGUCAAGUGCGAAAAUUCUCUACUUUUCCAAGUACAGAAUUAAAUAACACAAUUCCACUUUUUUAUCAAGGAAUACUACUUGUAUUACAUGAAAAUUAAAAACCACAAUAUGCUACAACCUAGCAAAGGUGGACUACACCUAAAUCUUGUUUGAGAAGUAUUCUUAGCUUAGGAAGAUAUCAACUGAUAAAAUUAGUAGAAACCUGAUGAAAUUUAUAGGGAAAACCCAGGUCUGGAAUAGUAGCCCAAGCAAAAGUGUCAUCUCCUGUUGUUAUGAUAUGGCUCAGUGUUCAAAACCGACUGACUAAUAUAAGAUGAGGUGAUCAAUUUUAACUAUGAACCUAAAUUGUUUUUGUGCCUUCAUCUGUCGUGCCAUUUGUGUUUAAAGAUCUCUUUUAUUGUUUGUUAAUAAUAAGGGCAAGUUUAAACCGUUUCCAAACAGUUAGGCCUAUAAACUGGUGGAUUCAUUCAAGUUUUUGCUUUAUUUUUGAAAAAAAUUAUAAAUAUUUUCAAAUAUUGUAUUUUUAUCUCAACCUGCAACUACACAAAUAAAGAAUAACGCAAUAGCAGUUUGACGUCAUUAUAAAUUUAUACGUUCAAGUUUAAGCCACUAGCUAUUCAAAUUCAUUUUAACUUCACUUUCCAGGCCUACUUAUAUACGGUAGUGAAGUACUUACGCCAGCCUAAAGUGAUAUAUACAACAAAUAAGUUUUAAGUAUAAACCACUAUAAGCUGUUCAAAUUCACUUUGUACUUGAAACAAACAGCCCUUGAUGUGUUGAUGUUUGCUUUGAAUUAUACAUUAUUUUUGUUAGUUUGCUAAAUCAGGAACUGGACCUAGUUAUUGAGCAAAUUGCUGUUGCAAAUCUAAGAGUAGAUAUUUCUAAAGUAUGCUUUUAUCCACAUUCUUGUACUAUAGACAUCACAGG